AUACCUCCAGGUUUUGAUCUCUAUAUUGACUCUUUCUCCUACUCUCCUUUAUGUAGAUAUAUUUCUCUCUGUGUGUUUCUUUUAUCAAAUCCCCAGGCAAUUAGAAUACAAACCAAAAUCUGAAAUUUACAUUUACAAACUUUCAGCUUUCUUCAGAAUCGAAUAAAAGCUUCUAGCGAAGUUAAACAUCAAAUAAGCUUUUGAGGAUCAGGGAAAUAUGGAGAUUACUGCUUACAAACCCUAUGGUGAUACUGAGUUCGAAUCACUCAUUGAAAGAAUUCACCCUCCCAGGGCGUGCAUUGAUAAUGAUACCUGCCGAGACUGCACUAUUGUGAAGGUUGAUAGUGCAAACAAACACGGUAUAUUGCUGGAGAUGGUCCAAGUUUUGACGGAUCUGGACUUGCUGAUUUUAAGAUCAUACAUAUGUUCUGACGGUGGCUGGUUAAUGGAUGUUUUCCACGUGACCGACCAACUUGGAAACAAAAUCACUGACGAAAGCCUCAUCCACUACAUCGAACAGGCAAUUUGCGCAAGUAGAAGAGGGUCCAGCGAAGUCCAAGCAUGUGUUGGUAGAAACGUGAGGCCCAGGCAUGUCUCAAUGGAGCACACGGCUAUGGAGAUGACGGGGACAGAUAGACCAGGACUAAUGUCUGAGAUAUCUGCUGUGCUGGCUGAGUUGGGAUGCCACGUCUCUGGUGCCGUGGCAUGGACACAUAACAAUCGAGCGGCAUGUAUCGUUUACAUGGAAGAUGAACUGAAGCAUGGGCCAAUGCUGGACUCCUAUCGAGUGGCCCAAAUACAGGCCCAACUGGAGAAUGUUGUUGAGGCUCACCAUUAUGAAGGGGAGCGACGGAGUGUGAGGUUGGCUGCCCCUGCAGCUAGCCAGACCCAUACUGAAAGGCGGCUCCAUCAGUUGAUGGCAGCUGACAGAGACUAUGAACAAUGUUGUUCCUGUGGUUAUGAAGACGAUGUAGUACAGAGGCAGAAGAAGGGACGUGAUAGCACAGAAGUGAAGAUAGAAAAUUGCAAGCAGAAGGGCUACUCCAUUGUUACUGUAAAGAGUGUAGACAGACCCAAAUUGCUAUUUGACACUAUAUGCACCCUGACAGACUUGCAGUAUGUCGUAUUCCACGCCUCCAUCACCUCUUUUGAAUCCAUUGCCAUUCAGGAAUACUAUGUGAGACACAAGAAUGGAUGGACUAUGGAUUCAGAGAGUGAGAGACGUAGGAUGACCCAAAAUCUGAUAGCUGCCACUGAGAGGAGAGUAUCCCAUGGAUUGAGGCUGGAUGUUAGUAUUCAAAACAGGCUAGGAUUGUUAUCAGACAUCACGAGAGUGUUUCGGGAGAACGGAUUAUCCAUAAGCAGGGCUGAGGUUGGGGUACAGGGCGAGAAAGCAGUUGGCACAUUCUAUGUAAAAGAUGCAUCAGGGCAAGCUGUGAAUGCAGAAACCUUGGAGACAGUAAGACGAGAAAUUGGAGGCACUGUCCAGGUGGCAAAUAAACCCUCAGGGAGGCCAUCUUCUCAACAAACUACGUUGUCAAAUACAAGCCCUAGCAUAAGCACUAGCAGCAGCAGUGGCAAGCAAGACAAGCCUGGUUUCUCAUUAGGAAGCAUGUUUUGGUCUCAGCUUGAGUGGCUUUCCAGCAACUUCAGACCUAUAAAAUCCUAAGAUUCCAAGUGGUGAUCUGAAGACCCUAGUGUGUUUAGGCCAUCUUGAUUGUAAAUAAAUAGCAGAAUCCGUCUGUAAAUAAUUAGCAGAACUUGUAAAUAACAGUAGAUGCAUGGUAUAAUGUACAUAUCUUUGCAGCGUAAAAUCAUAGGAAGUUCAAA